AUGGAUAGUGAAAUUCAACGAGACGGUCGAGUUUUGGAUCUCACUGAUGAUGCCUGGAGGGAAGACAGACUGCCUUAUGAAGACGUCACCAUCCCGUUGGGUGAACUUCCUGAGGCUGAACAGGACAACGGGGGCUCCACAGAGUCCGUGAAGGAACAAGAGAUGAAGUGGACAGACCUUGGCCUGCAGUGUCUCCACGAAAACACUCCAAACACAGGGAGUUAA